AUCGCAAGUAGUUGGAAUCCGGGCAAGGAACAAAUCAGACGUUGUAUCGUUUGAAAAUUAGGUCGCAACUCGGGUGCAUAAUUAGUAAUAAAUUAUAAAUAAAUCAAACUAGGCUUUUAAUAUGAGUAAUUUGCUUAAGAUCGGCUUCCUUGGUGGCGGAAAAAUGGCACAAGCAAUGGCGAAAGGAUUUAUCUCUGCAGGUCUGACAAACAGUGAGCACCUGGCCGCUAGCUUUCAUCCAUCUGAUGUGCCGAAUAUAGAAGCAUUCAAAUCAUUAGGAGCAGAAACAUUCGUAGAAAAUGUCCCAGUAGUGAAGCGGUCUGAAGUGAUUUUCGUCUCCGUGAAACCAACAGUAGUUCCAACCGUACUGGAGAGCGUCCGAUCUGCCAGUGAUGGAAAACUUUUUCUCUCUAUCGCCAUGGGUGUCAAAUUGGACGAUUUGGAAAAGUCGCUUUCGUCAAAAGCUCGUGUGAUUAGGGUGAUGCCCAAUACCCCAGCACUGGUACGUAGCGGGGCUUCGGUAUAUGUGAGAGGGAAAACAGCAACUGCGAAUGAUUGCUCCGUAACGCAAAAAUUGCUCGAAUCAAUCGGCACUUGUGAGGAAGUUACGGAAGGUAUGAUGGACCCCGUGACCGCACUCUCCGGCAGUGGACCAGCGUAUAUAUUUGUGCUAAUAGAGGCACUAGCCGAUGGAGGUGUAAGAAUGGGUCUUCCAAGAGAUUUGGCCUAUCGUCUAGCUGCGCAGACUGUGCUCGGCUCUGGUCAGUUGGUGCGUGACACUGGCCGUCAUCCUGGGCAGUUGAAAGAUGAUGUCACGAGUCCAGCUGGGUCAACUGCGGCGGGCUUAGCAUUCCUGGAGGAACAUGCUUUCCGACAUGCCGUGGCUGGCGCAGUAGAAGCAGCAACGCUACGAUGCCGUGAAGUUUCGGGCAAUAAAUAAAAUCUAUCUUUGCAUCUCUUUCGUCAGCCGAUUCUCGAAUGUCUGCGACGUUCGGGAAACUGUAGAUACUUAUUAGGCUUAUAAAUAAAAUUAACUUCACUCGACAGCAAUAAAAGUGCCAGAUCUGGUCUCCGAACAAUCACAAAGGAUGAAAUAUGUACCGUUUAGAAGAAAUCGACAUUUUUAGUCUGAGAAUGGAUGUCAUAAUUUAACUCUUCUUGAUUUCAAUGUGGACAGUCAGUACAGUGCAUACCUAGUCUCAAAUGGCAAGUUAGAUUUUAUGUUCCUACUAACAAUCUUCUGGAAGAGCUUACUCCCACUAAUUCACACGUUUUCCCCUUUGAAAAACCGUAGAUAAACUAAUUUUUCAUCGUCACAUUUUACUUUCAAUCUACGCGCCCCUUUUCUGAGUCUGUUACUCUCUCGUUCAUUAAGAUGCUAAUAAUGCGUCACCGAUGUUCGUUACACAAAUAAGUUAGGCUAAUAUGUAAAUGGUCUUCUAAACAUGAAUAAUCCUAGGAAUUCUCAAAAAUAAUACAGACGAGCUUUUAAAGACUUAGUGAUCCGUGACGCUUUUAUUAAUUACGGCAAAGAUGAGUGUGUCCAGAAAUAUUUAUUCGUGCAUUAGUUACGGUACAAAAAAUAAGAUCUCGUUUUUGGUGAAAGCAUAAUACAAUAUGGAAGUUCACGUCACAAACAAUGACAAGCAGAACUAAUGCAUUUUACCUCAUCCUCGGAAAAUCCGGAACAUCUUGGUUGUUCUCCAACCAAUCUAACAUUUCUGCGUCCGAUGGUUCGAGUUUUAUCAAAAUCGGAUUAUUUUAGAUAAAACUAUGCUAGUUCAUUAAUUCUAUAUUAACGUACAAACGGGUAUAAACGUUCAUCAUUAUCAUUUAUUUAAUUUUGAUUUUACGAAUCAGUAUCGAAGGAGUAUUCCUUUUUCAGUUCUCAGUGAAACUACUAAUUCUUUUCGGAAGCUAAACAUUCUAAACAGCAUUCAGUUCCCUCAUUAGCUUGAGAUGAGCGUUUAAAUAAUGUUGACGCAUCACGCAUUUCUUCUUUCCCAAACAACUGCAGGAAUUCUUCUGCCCUCGAAAGUGUUAAUCUUGUAGUCUUUUUCGGAACGACGGCAGUGUCUGGAGCGUUGUUGAUGCUAAAGAUGACAACCGGUGAUAAUGCCGGGAACCUGCUGCCGGCGAAAGCAGUUGGUCCGCAGUGAAAGAGUGGGAUAUGACACGGUUCUAAUUUACGAUAUGGAAACCGCAUGACAAUUCAUGCACAGCAUAGGUUCUGGUCCCGCGCUGGUACGGUAGCGGUUUAAUGACACUAAAAAAAGUAACACUUGAAGAUAUGCAACAAUCUCAAAUGAAAGUAAUGCACUAUGAGGCAAAGAAUGGCUAAAACAAUUAAUUAGAGAAAAUCCUAGAACAUCACUAGAGUGUAGUGAAAAAAAUAUUUCUGAUAAUUAAAGCUGUACCAACUUCCGAGUCUAUUUAGAAACAGACAGAUGCAUGCUGUCAUAACUUUACUGCAGGUAGUUACCUUCAGCGUAAAUCAGUAAAAUUCAAAGUUGGACAACAAGUAUUAAAAUAUAAUUAGA